CGGACCUGAGGACAUUGUAUUGAACGCCUACGGCACGGUGGGCGGAUAUUGUGACAUCUGAUUUGGCGCCACGUGUGUGGCGCUGUGUGCACAGUUGCACCUUCCCGAAGUGUAAUAUAUCAGCAUGGGGUCGAGGGCCCUGGUCGCGCAUAUGCCACGGCGCGGCAUUCUUUCAAGACGUCGGAUGGCUGGAAAGUGCUAAUGGUUGUGGCAGUUUGCGUCCUUUGAUUUCGUGGAUCAUCCCGCGCACCUGCGUCCCACAAAUGGGCAAAUCGUGCACUCCACAGUGGUGAUGGUUUUGGUGGUGAUUCUCGUUCCCGCUUUCCUUCCUCUACACAUCACGACGUCCAUUACCGAUGCCUUCUUCCUUCUCCUCUCCGUUCUCCUCGUUCUCCUCGUCCUCUUCUGCAGACUGUUUGGCUCCAGCAGGGCCUUCGCAAUCUGAAACACACCCGCACAUUCUGCGUACAUCCUACAACUUUUGGUCGGAUCACCUGUCCCGCAGAUGGCCCGUCUUUUAUUGAUUGCCAGUCUUGUCGGGGCGCGCGGGGCCGCUGGCCUGGGUGCGGCCCCCGCCGAUUCCAGCAUGAUACAGUUUGGAACAGCGGUGGACAAGAGCAACACCUCGCAGCAGACAACGAUUACCACAAAUGCUCCACUAUUUGCAUGCGAUUUCGAUGAUGCUUCGAAUCUUGGCAAAAAUACUGCUGGUACGACUUCCACAGGUUUGGACACGUUCUACGGGUCUCAUACGCAGUCGACUGGCAAAAACAGCGUUGGAGCUAUUUCCUUCGAGAGCUUUUCAGGUGCAGCAGAAUUCUCAAUUGGAACGGCGGGCGAUACCUUCAGUAUGUUGUUGUGGAUGGACAUGCGGGCGCACAAUCCGUUUAGAGCCGGUCGGUCUUACCUCAUUGAUCUCAGACCUCAUGGGCAAGGGGCAUUAUAUUUUGACAGCGAUAACACCGUUAAAUUUUCCGGCAUGUACGGGAAUUGCCAGGGCUCUCGUGCUCUGGGGGAGAGAUCGUUGGCCUAUCCGCAUGCGUUUAAUACUUGGGUGCAUUUUGCGAUCGUCUCAGACCCUACAGGGACGCGUCUGUUCAAGGACGGUGAAUUGUUGUAUGAGGCUCUCGCGUCGAGUUGUGGCACAUCGUACAGCACCGCUUUGGUCGACAAAGCAGUUCUCGGCACCUACUACAGUUCAGUUGGCAGUUCAGGGUCGUACUUCAUGGAUGCUUCCAUCGACGACCUCCAGUUUUACAGGUCGGCGUUAUCAGCGCAAGAUGUAAACGACGUCUACGCUGCGACGCCGGCACCACAACGAAACUAUUCGGAUCUUUGAAAAUGGCGUUCUCACCCUAGGCAUUCUCGAAACAGCUGUUGUACGACAUCAUGCGAUGUUCAGGUAGCUGUUGUACAACAUCUUUAGGGGGCGCUCUUGGAAGGCUCCCAAGAUUGCCCAAGAUGCGAAACCAUUGAAACACCAAUGGCUUUGACGUACUUGUGUUCUUAAGUAAGCGUCCACCUUGAGGCAUCCUCAAACAAUGCCUUCGGGUUGGGCUUCGAAAGUAGUCCCUCUUAGAGGCGGGGUUGCAGAAAAACUGCAACUCCUCUUAGAAUUGUUGCAGGAUUUCAGGGGAAAAUGAAAUUUCAAAUUUCAAAUUUUUAUACGGGCCUAUUAACUCAGGCAAUUUGUGGCUCAAGUUCUGGGCCGUCUUGGAAGCCUGUUGGGCCGUCUUGGAGACCUACUGCCUCGAUCCCAGCGAUCUCUUAUCCAAUGGUCUCUUGUGUUGGCGUCACGUCGGUGGCGCUCGUGUGCAUGUCGGGGCUGCUCGUAUUCCUGAGCGUGGCCUGGCGAGGACCAGUGGUUCGAUUAAGUUCUGCGCUGGUAUUUGGCCAGAGCAGCAUGAUCAAUGUGAGCGGCCACGCGGGCAGCACGAUCGUGAAGUCCAGGCGGAAUGCCGCCGCGGCCAAGCAUUGCAAAUCAUUGCCCUGUAUCCCAAGUUUGAAGGUUUCGAGUCGGUCGUCCAAGUUGCAGAUCAUGGGACAAGCCAAGGGCGGCGCCACGGUGUCCACCCAGAUCAUGUUCAAUUUCCUGAACAUAACGAAAACGGCGUUGGAUUUCAACGGUUGGGUUCACGAAUACCGUGGCAGAGUAUUCAACCAGGAUGCAGACCACGAAGAAUACCGGUGCUCCGAGUGCGGGCUGAAUGGCUUGAAGUGUCUCCAGAUUGUGCGCAAUCCGUUGGAUCGAGUGGUCUCUUCGUACAUUCACACCAUGAGUUCCAAGAUACACACAUUUAUCGAACGCGAGAUCGCAGACUUCGCAGCAGACGCCUCUUUCGCGGAGUUCAUCGCUUUCUUGAAACGCACUGCAGCAACGCGUAGCCGCUAUUGGCAAGACAUGCAUUACUUGCCCCAGUGCGACAAUGUCUGCAAACAUACUGAAUUUGACCGGGUGCAGCAUCUCCCACUCGAGAGCUUGGAUGCUGGAUUGGCUUGGUUCGGCCAAACCGAAAACAUACAGGGCCUGACCAGGAAUAACAUGUCAUCGCACCACUACGUCAAGAAGUCCCCCCGGGUGGAUCCAGGAGCAGCAUAUCUCCGCUACAGCAAGCAUCUGCAUGAUUCGCCUCCGUCCUAUGAGUCCUUUCUCGCCGAGCCCAGCAUAUUCAAGGAUUUAUGUUGUCUUUUUCGGGCAGAUAUCGAGUUGUACCGCAUGUCAUGUUCUUCAGAGUGGUUGCAGGGGUGCGCAGAAUGCGUGGACAGUUGUGCCAGAGAGCUACGGAGGUUGGCGCCCUGCGAUUAGCGGAGGGUGGAUCGUUCGAGCGAGAAGACGCUCGUUCGAGCGAAAAGGUAAUCCGUUCAAGCGAAAGCCAAUCGAGCGAAAACCAAUCGGGCUUGGACAGAGCAGCAGA